AUGAAGACCUCUGUUUUUAUCUCUGCCAUGCUUGCGGGUCUCGCUAUGGCUUCCCCCGCUCAGCAGCCUCCUAGCUGCAAGGCCGACACCGACUGCAAGCCCAACCAGCAGUGUGACAAGACUGGCAACUGUGUUGCCAGCAAGGUCGCCCGUGACACUCCUUUGGCAAACUUGAAUGAGGCCUGUCACGUCGACGGCGACUGUACUCAGAACCUUCAGUGCGUCAAGGACAUAUGUGUUUCUUCCCAGAGCAAGCGUGAUGCUCCUCUCGUCCACCUCAAUGGUGACUGCAAGGUCACCAGUGACUGCGUUAAGGGCCUUGUGUGCGAGAAGGACAUAUGCGUUGCCACAAACGGCAAGCGCGACACUCUGUCCGAGAUCGGCCAGGACUGCAAGGUCUCUGGUGACUGCGUGAAGGGCCUUGUUUGUGGCCAGGAUGACACCUGCGUUGCCCCUAAGCAGCAGCGCGAUGUUUCCAACUCCCAGCUUGGCCAGGAAUGCCAGAAGAUGGGAGACUGCCAGAAGGGUCUGGUUUGUGAGCACAACACCUGCCUCGCCACCAAGGGCAAGCGUAACGUUGACGUUGCCCUGAACGGACAGUGCCAGAGCACUGGUGACUGUCGCAAGGGCCUGGUUUGUGAGAAGGACACUUGCAUUGCUCCCAAGAAUAAGCGUGAGAACUCCAAGUCUCAGGCCCAAGGUCCUUGCCAGGUCAAGGGUGACUGUGUCAAGGGUCUUGCCUGCCAGGACAAUGUCUGCGUUGCCCCCAAGAACGAGCAGAACGACAACCAGAAGCGCAACGCUGUUGACCAGUGCCAGACUGAUGCCGACUGCAAGCAGAACCAGACCUGCCAGCAGACCAAGGGCAACAAGGUUUGCGCUGCUCCCCAGCCUUCCAACUAA